ACAAACGGUGCGUCGAGUGACGAGUCGGCGUCGCAUAUCGGAUUGACAACACGUAGUUUACUGUAUAAUCUAACGAUUGAUCGUCAAAUGCUGCUUUCGGUUUUGCUUUAAAUCCAAUGUUUAUAUGGAAUUGUUGUCUCAUUGGUCGAAAAGUUUUUUGAGUUUUGGCAUGGAGUGGUCAAAGGAGUACAAUAACUAUGAGUGGUCUAAGGACAAGACACUGAAACUGAUUGAACUACUUCAAGUAAAUGCUAAUUUAUGGAAUCCUUCGCUCUGUGAUACUCGCAGAGAUAAACAAAAACGAAAAGAGGAAUUGCGUGGUAUUGCUGAAAUAUUAAGGAUAUCAGUUUUCGACGCGACCAAAAAGAUACAACAUUUACGCACUCAAUACAACAGAGAGUCGGCUCGAGAAGCUCGGGCUAAUUCAGAAGGACCCAACAAUAGAUACGUUAGCAAUUGGUACGCCUAUGAAUAUUUGCACUUUAUGAAAGACUCAAACAAACCAUAUAGAGUGCUACAAUCGGUAAGCCUUUGUAACUCUUUAAGUAGUCAAACAAAUGCUGAAAACUCAGUCAAUGAUUGUAAACUUGAUAAUUUUUCUCCACAGCCUAAAAUUGCCCGUACUGAACUUCUGCACUCCUUCAAGCCUGAGAUCGUUUAUCCUACUACAGCCUUGAACAGAGAUGAAUUUACAGUCUUUGGUGAAUAUGUAGCUAAUGAACUAAGAUCGCUUAAAGGGGAGAAAAAUUUGCUAGUUGCAAAGAAAAAAAUACAGGAUGCAAUAUUUGAAGUUAAAAUGGGCUUAAUCAAUGAACUUCGAUCGGAGCAGGGUUCUACAUGUACAGUUUUUACUACGCCUACAAGUCAAUCACAUUCCUCGACAAUACACAAUGGAAAGUUAUACACAACUCCUAUUAUGAGCACGAUUGCUAGUAUAGAACCUUUGUCUACACCGCAAACUCCUCCAACAACUGGUAUAAGUGAGAUAAUUAUCAGUGGAGCUUGCCAUUACUCUACUUUCAAAGUUGAUGAACAAUAGCAGUGUCAGCCACUUCCAGUGGAAGUGGACAAAAGUGACAAUUAUAACAUUACAAAUUAAACAAACUGUACGACUGAUGUUCCAGGGAUGUGAAUAAAAUGUGUAAAUUGUAUUAAAAUAUUUAUAAUUUGUGCCAUAUAAACUAUCA